AUGCCUAAACUGCCAUUCUUGAACACUGAGGAGGGUAAAGCGGCUUGGAAAAUUCGUGAGAAUCAGAAAGAAAUUCUCACCCAGAAACUUAGAGGAUGGGAUGCUCUUGAUAUCACAGAUCCCAUAACUUCUCGCUCUGUGGUUGAAGCUUCCAAUUCUAUUGAUGACUUUGAGAAGAGAUCUUUUCUGGAUAAAAAUGUUCAACUGAAAUUUCUUAAACCUCCGUAUCCAACAAACACCGAUUCACCAGAUUCUUUUGAACUUUCUGUCAAAAACCUGGCUGAGAAAUUUCUUCUGAAAAACGCUGGAUCGUUAACCGAACAAUCAAAAACUCGAAAUAUCGUCAGAAAAAUUAUUGGAAAUAAAGUUAUGGACAAACGCGCUUCAAGCUUGUCAAGUAUCACAGAGGAAGAUCACGAGGAGUUUCUAGAAGAAGGACAGCCUAACGGGCAAGAAUUAGAGCAAGUACCACCUCCAGGAGAAUCCUCGGUUUGUGUCAUCAAUGGGAAAAUCUGGUAUCUAGUUUCGCAAAACAAGGGACCUUCGGUGGGCUCCAAGAGCAAGAAGAAGAACUUUAAGAAAAGAGAGAAAAAUAACAAGAAGAAGGUGACGAUAGAAGAAACCGAAGAUGAGCUCAUGGAUCGGCUGAUACAGGAGAACCGUGAAGCUGCUGGGCUGGACCAGGAACCGGUACCAUACAAACUGGUUCCUAUGACACCAGAACGUAAAAAAGCAAUCAUGGAUUUUAUUUCAAUUGUUCCUGAAAAUCCAGAGGAGAAGGAGCGAAGACUAAAGCUAAAGGAGCUUGCGGGACCCGAUUUUCAGAGAGUUCUUGCUGAAAGGAUCACGAAACUCGAGGCCGUUCCGAUCUUCGAGAUCAUUUCCAAAUUGUCAUUUGGAGAGUUUGUGCUACAAACCGUUGAAAAAUCCGUGGCCUUCUUUAUCAAAGAUAUUGAGUCUGUCAUGAAGCAUGGAAUGCAUCCUGAGAACAUUGAAAACUUAUUUUUCGACAAGUUCAAAGAACAUGUUGUUAUUCCCGAUCCCAGUGAAAGUCCCAAAACCAUCAGGAAAAGGUGCAAAUUCGUUCGGAACUUUUUAUUCAAGUAUAAAAAGCGAUAUGUUAUGGAGGAAGACAAGUAUAUGAAACUGCGCAGUUUUGUAUAUUUGAAUUUGUUAGCUCAAUUGUUGGAUGGUGUUAAAGUGCACAUCCCAACGCUUGAAGUACUUGUGAAAUCGGACGGAACUCCGGAAUUCGAAAAGAAAGAAGCUGCCGUUUUAAAGACCGUCUUGGCACAGUACUUCUACCAACUCGAUGGAAUCACGAUGAAGAUAUAA